AUGGAAAACAGGAAGAUUAGCAUGAUAAGUGAGUUGGCUCUCUCACAAGAUGACUAUACCAUUAAGGUAUGUGUCAUCCGUUUGUGGAGACAAACUUCAUGGAAUCAACAACUUCGUAUGAUUGACAUGAUAUUGAUGGAUGAAAUGGGCUCAAAAAUUGAAUGUAAUGUGGACAAACCAUUUGCAUCGCUUCAAGGAAAAUCUUUUGAAGAAUAUGGUGAUUACUACAUUCAUAAACCCACAUUAGGGUUAAAUGAAGGUGCUAUAAAGUUUGUUGACGGUCCACACAAACUCUAUUUCCAGUAUAACACGAAGGUAACUAAAUGCAUAGAUUUUUGCGGGCCACAGAAUUCUUUUGAUUUUGCAGACUUCCAACAACUUCAUGAUAAUGCAAUAAACCCAAAAAUUUCAUUUGAUGUUAUUGGAAACGUUUUCCGGUGUUUUCCAUUGGAACCUGCAAAGGAUAGACAGGAAAAGAAAAUCACAUUCAAAAUAGGACAUGAAGUUUUUGUUACCCUAUGGGGAAGGUAUGCUGAUGAAAUUAAUGCAUAUGUCUCUAAGCAUACCGGUCAUUUUGUAUUGCUUAUUCAAUGUGCUAAGUUGAAGCUUGUCCGAGAUCGUCCUUAUGUCAAUAACACCUACUUGGCCACAAAACUUUAUAUUGAAAGAACAUUGAGGAGAUAA